AUGUCCGCGGGCGCCAUCAUCGGCAAGCAGGGCAGCGGGCUGAAGCAGCUCCGCGAGACGUGUGGGGUGCACGUGGAGAUGGUGCAGCCGGCGCAGGCGCCCGAGUGGCCAAACGACAGGGUCCUGACCUUGAAGGGGCAGCUCGGCUCCCGCGUGAAUGCCGUGGAGAUGGUGAUGCGGAUGUCCUACCAGGCGGGUUCGGACUCCACCACGCUGAAGAUGCUCGUGCCCGCCACUCAG